UAGUAAUUAUAUAAAUAUCCAUGAUUAAAUUAAUUAUACAGUAGAAGGAAAAUGGUUUUGAUUGUAGUUAUCCUGUUUUUUGCGUUAUCGGCAAGCGGGGAAGAUUCUCCCAUAGUCGAGACUGAGAAUGGUCCGAUUGUAGGUAUUAAAGUCAGGUCUAGGGCAGGUGAACUGUUCUAUUCGUUUAGAGGUGUUCCUUACGCGAAACCUCCUUUGGGCAAUCUGCGAUUUCGGUCACCAGAGAAACCAGACAAUUGGACAGGAAUUUACGAUGCCAGAGACGAGGGUCCUAAGUGCGUUCAAAAAAUUUGGUAUUCAAAAUUGGAAGAUCCACCUGUUGAAGGCGUUGAAGAUUGUUUGUACAUCAACAUUUAUACAAGGGUAAAUGCAUAUAUUUUUAUAAGAUUUAAUAACAUUGCCUACUCGCAGAGUCUUUCUUUGAGCGACAAUUAUCCUGUGAUGGUUUAUAUUCAUCAAGGAGGGUUUACUUUGGAUUCCGGGCAAAGCACGAACGUCGGACCGGAUUAUUUAUUGGACGAAGAAAUCGUUCUCGUUACAUUCAAUUAUCGGCUCGGUAUUAUGGGUUUCUUUUCGACCGUUGAUGACGCAUCACCUGGCAACUAUGGAUAUAAAGAUAUGAUAUUUGUGCUGAGAUGGGUACAGGAAAAUAUUAAACAAUUUGGAGGAAACAAGGAUAAAGUGACAAUUUUCGGACAGAGCGCGGGAGGUGCUGCAGUGCAUCAUCUGAUUUUAAGCCCUUCGGGAAAGAAUCUGUUUCAUAGGGCAAUUUCCGAAAGCGGAACAGCUUUGAAUAUAUGGGGAUACCCAUUUGAUGAUUUGCAGAAGGACGUUGCUAGGAGACAAGCAAAAUUUGUCAACUGUACUAUGGAAGAUAAUUUUGCUAUGGUAGAGUGCUUGAGGCAAGUUCCCGCAGCCGAAUUGAUAGAUAGUGCUAAAGGAUUUAACUAUUUUUCAUUUGAGCCAACUACAAUAUUUUCUUCUGUAACUGAGAUUAAAACAGACUCGAAUCCAGAACCUUUCAUUACUAAAGCUCCAAUGGAAAUUGUGCUAAGUGGCGAUUUUAAUCAGGUGCCUUGGAUCACUGGAAUUACAUCGGACGAUGGAAUGGUCAAAGCCUCUUCCUUAGUUAGGAAAUCGCAUACACUCAAAUCUGCUAGUGAGAAAAAUGAAGAUUACCUUUGCAAUGAGUUAAUAGACUUUUAUCUCGAUGGGCAGCAUUUUAUUAACGUUAACAAUACCCGGAACGUUCAGCAAUUAAUUAAUCUUUACACUGAUAGAGGUUUUGCGUACGGCGCGUAUCAAUCAGUUCUUCUGCAAUCCAGAAAAUCGUUGAACCCCAUUUGGCUGUACAAUUUUAAUUAUCGGGGAAAGUUUACUUACGGGGAUGUCUUUGCAGCUACCAACGAGAACAUCGACUUUCAAUGGGGAGUUUGUCAUUGCGACGAGCUUUUGUACUUGUUCACAACGUCCGAUUACUUUCCUCCUCUUCUUGAAGAAGACCUGAAAAUGAGCAAACUUUUGGUAAAGCUUUGGACGAAUUUUGCUAAAUUUGGGUAUGAAUCUCGCAGAUAAAAUACGAAUUGCUUUUCGUGAACUUUAGGUUUCAGUGAACCACGGCUCGAAUUGGAGAAAGACUGUGGAAACUUCGUUUGGCCGUCAAUUCCCAAGUUGCAAUGGCCUCAACAUGGACACAUUCCAUUUCUAAAUAUAACAAACAAAAACAAUGAGUGCAAAGUUGAAUUUAAAGU